AUGUCUUCGUCGUCGUUUUCUCCACCACAUCGGCACAAUACUUAUGAAAAUCCUCCUUAUCAAGAUAUUUCAACAUCUUCAUCAGCAUCAUCAUCAUCAUUUUCAACAUCAUCUUCAUGUUCUAGUCCUGAUAUUCAACAAAAAGAAUAUUCUCUAUUAAACAAUAAAUCACGUCGUAAAAAACGUGCUUUUAUACCAGAUGAAAAAAAAGAUCCUGUCUAUUGGUCACAACGAUCGAAAAAUAAUCUAUCUGCUAAACGUUCACGUGUAAAACGACGUAUGAAUGAUCUUGUAUUAGAAACAAAAGUAACAGAAUUAAACAAUGAAAAUGAAAUAUUACGAGCAAAAAUUGAUAUGUUAGCAAGAAAAUUUGGUCAUCUAACAAACGAUCAACAACAAGAAGAAGAAGAAGAAAAAGAAAAAUUAAAUACAAAUAAAUCUGAUGAAACACAAGUUUCAAAUCUUUUAGAACAAUCAACAGAAGAACAAUCACUGAUCGAUAAAACAACAUUAUCAUCACCGAUGCCAAUAAAAUGGCGUUUUAAAUUAUUCAAUAUGACAUCAAAUUCUUGA